AUGGAGGCUCGCCCGGUGGACUUGCCGCCGCUGCAGGAGCUCAGGUUCGAGCUUGAGGGUCAAGAUAGACUGCUCGUCACGCUCGUCUCGGGCACGGCAGAAGUGUUCGGCUAUGAGUUGGCUCCUCAGGUGGUCUAUCCAUUCUCUGACGAGUUGAGAGGUGCAAUCUUCACCUGGCACGGCUGCACGCUCUCCUUGAGGGGCAAAGCGACGACAGAGUACAUCGCCCAGGAGACGACGACGCCUCUCCAUCUCAACCUGCACCUUGCCCUUGAACAGGCCAGGCUACAAUCUCGUCCACCUGCUUCCUUCUUUGUCACUGCUCAGCAGGAUCAGACCGAACAGGACGAAGAGCUACCCGGUCCUCGCGUCAUGGUCCUCGGCGAACGCAACGCUGGCAAGUCGACGCUCAUCAAGACCUUGCUCAAUUGGGCCAUACGGUCUGGCAAUGGAGCCCGACAAGAUCUCAAUGCUCUGCCUCUUGCGAGCGAAGAGGAUCAGCUGGGCCCGCAGCGAGGCGUCAUGCUCGUCAAUCUCGAUCCCAGUGAUGGAGCGAUGACCGUUCCCGGCACUUUCUCCAUUGCGCCUGUCUAUUCCUGUGUGCCCACCACAACGCCAGCGCUCUCUUUCGGUACGACGUAUAGCAAUGGACCCUCUCUGCCCAUCAUACUCCAGCAGCCCAGCAAGGCAGAUCAAGCCAGCGCGACCGAAGAAGCCCUCAUACCGCUCGAAGUCAACUACAACACGCUCGCGCCCGCACUGAAUGCGCUCUCUUUCUUUUACGGUCAUACAGAUUGGGGACGGAACGACGCACUUGCGGAAACGCAGAUCAAGCGGCUUGGGGCAUUCUUGCGUUCCAAGCUCGAAGAAGGUGGCGAGCCAGGUCUCUGGCGUGGUGGCGUGUUGGUCGAUACGCCUGCAGAAUUAGCAGAACGGUCGAGAGGUCAGAUGCUCAUCAAGCUCGUUCGAACGCUAGGAGUCAAUGUGAUCGUCGUGCUGGGCAGCGAGAAGCUACAAGUCGACAUCACUCGCCUGAUGAGCACGAACAAAUCUGUCAAGGUUUUGCGCGUGCCCAAGAGCGGCGGCGUGUCUGACAUUGACAAUGCGUACAGACGACGAUUGAGAGCAAAGCAAAUCCACUCUUAUUUCUACGGUGGGCCCACUGUCUCCUGCGGCGCUCUCUCGCCUCACAAUGCGUCCAUCUUGUUCGACUAUCUCAAAGUCUACAGGAUCGGUGCAGACUUUGCAGCACCUUCGUCAGCCUUGCCGCUCGGCCAAGAUAUGGCCAGCAGAGAUCUUCGGCUCUACGAUAUCGAUAUCACAGAAAGUCGCACCUUCCCCGAACUGGUCAAUCACAUCUGUGCAGUCCUCCAAGUGGACGAUGAUGCCGACGACGAAGAAGCGCUCGUCAGUCCCGUUCUGGGCUACAUUCACCUCAGAUCGGUCGACAGCGAGCGGAAACGCGUCGGCUUGCUCUCGCCGCUCGCCGGCCGAUUGCCUCGGAAGAGGCUUGUCUUUGCCUCGCUCGAAUGGUCAGAAUCUUGA